AGUUGGCGGGCGAUGCAUGAUGCCGUCUAAAGGUUGGGCAGAGGCAGAGUGGGCAUGCUCUUUCCCUGGCGGCUCAUUGUGCUUGAAGGGGAGGGGAGCGCAAGAUGCUCCUCCCUCUCUCAUGCAGCAGGCAUCGAACUGGCACCGCCAGAGCCGCAGAGCUGACUUUCAUCACGAGCAGAUCGAUGCCGCCCCCAGGCAGCACUGAGGACUUUGAUGGUGCAAGCUGGACACACUGUGCCGCGACUGCCAUUUCGGGACUGGCCAUGACUGUUGGGGCAUUAAAAUAUGGUGUCUCUCCUCCACGUGGGCGGCUGACUGUCCGCCAGGUCAUCCUCCAGCUCAUGAACGGUCAAUGCUAUUCGUCGUACAAAGUCAACGCCACGACUGCCUUGCACCUGCGGCGAUGGGGUCAAUUGCCUGCUUACAGACAUCCUGCCCAGGUUGGACGGAUUUACCGGACGCUUGCUCCGAUGUGGGCGCAUCCUUCUGUGCAAAUGCAGGCAGGCGGAGCCCACCAGCCUCCACUUCAAAGUGCUUGGCUUUUUCUGCGAUCCACGGGCAGCAGAGUACUCUGCACCUGGCUCUCUCUCUCUUUGGUGAGGCUGAAGCUUUGUACCUGGCGCACCGCCAGGAAUGUGCGCUGCACUGAGCGCGAGGAUCAAGCAUUGUACGCCCCUAGCAUAAGGUACCGUUGGCCAUAAGAGCCAUCAAGAAUGUUGAAUCAAGACCGUUUGGUGGUCCGUUCAUUCGCGUCUGAAACACGAGUCGCAAAGCUUG